AUGCUGCCGCCGCUGCUGCUGCUACUGGUACCCGGACUCCUGCCCAGCUCAGCCUCCUUGAAGUCACAUGUGCACCGACGUGGGCUCAUAGAACUGGCAGAGACCAUAGACUGUGUUGGCCAUCGCACGCCCCUGGCCUAUGUUAGCUACGGCUGCUAUUGUGGCCUAGGUGGCCAUGGUCAGCCCCUGGAUGCCAUUGACCGGUGCUGUCAUCAUCAUGACUGCUGCUACCAACGUGCCAUGGACGAGGCUGGCUGCCAGGGCAAGGUGAAGAGCUACUCCUGGAAGUGCAUCCGUCAGCACAUCGAAUGUGGACCAGCAGAGGACAGAUGUCAAGAACUCUUGUGCCGGUGUGACCAGGAGAUUGCUGACUGCUUAGCCCAAACUGAGUACAAUUUUAAGUACCUCUUCUACCCACGUUUCUUAUGCGGGCAGGACUCGCUCAAGUGUGACUGACUUGAAAUGUUCUUUGGCACAGGGAAAUAAAACUCCUUUUCACUAAUCAACAGCCACAUUCAGUUCAUUUUCAGAGGGGGACUGAGUUAAAGCUGCACCGUGUUUCCUUUCUCUCCCCAUCCCAGAAUUUGGGGCUGCAGCCUGUU